AUUAGCAUCAUCGCUAACAGCUACACAUAGUGGAUCAUUAGCAUCAUCGCUAACAGCUACACAUAGUGGAUCAUUAGCAUCAUCGCUAACAGCUACACAUAGUGGAUCAUUAGCAUCAUCUCGAACAGCUACAUAUAGUGGUAGACAAAUGCAGUCAGACGGCAUUUCUGGGCUGUUUCCUCUUCAGAACGUGAAGGAAACUACAAAUCACUGAGGUGAAUUUAACAACGACUUGCAGAUAGUGGGUUCAGAAUAACUGAUGAGAAAAAAUGAAUACAAACUAUUCCACCACCAUAAAGGGCACUUCAGAGACAGGAAGGACAAAGGGGCAUCUUUCUCUACACAGGUAGAGUCCUAUCUGUCCAUGUUGCCUUUUGCAAAGCGGGCACUGCUUCAUGUGGAAACAGCAACACUCACCUAAAUAGCCCAUAUGCCACUGGGUGAGAGAAGUGUUCACUGUAUUUGAGCAGCAUUAUGUGAGGUGUUAUUAUGUGUUGUUAGCGAUGAGCCUUGGUCAAUUUAGCUCGAAUAUGCCACCCUCGUCAAUCUGUCACCUAAUCCUACCUAAUGAGCAGGCCAAACCUGGAGGAAAGUAUUGGCUGUUAGAAGUAAGAGAAAACAACAUUGGUUGUUUUGUAAUUACUACUUAUGUUGUUGCUUGCCAGAAUAAACAUUGUAAUUAAUACUUUUCCAAUCUGCGUUAUCCACUUCAGUCAGCAGGAGGCGGUGUGAGUCUUUCACGUGAUGCUUCUUGCGUGACGUAUAUUCUAGUGGACGGAACUGGAAGCGUCCUCAACAGCGACAAAGGGCUUCUGAUUCACCCACCGCGGUGGUUUGCUAGCGAACGUAAAACAUUGAUGCUCUUUAGACCAAUCGUGUGUAUGUUACUCUUGGUGUUUAGAACAUAAUUAUGUUUACGUAUCUACUAGUUCAUUUAAACGUGAUUUGCUUGUUAAAUUAGCAAAUGUGUUAAAUUGAUACUGCACUAGGCUAAUCGCUCGGAACAUGAGCUCACUAAGCUCGACGGAGAAAGAAGCUCUGGUGAAAGGAGAGGAAGAGGCUUUCAGGAUGAAAAGGGAGGAAGAGGAGGCUAUCACAUUGAAAGAAGAAGAGGAUGAUAUUACAGUUAAAGAGGAAGAUGGGAAAGAGGUUGUCAGAGUGGAAGAAGAGGAGGUAGAAGCUUUCGGAAUCAAAAAGGAGGAAGAUGCCAUAACAUUGAAAGAAGAGGAAGAACCUUUUGGAGUAAAAGAGGAAGAGGAGGAUAUCUCAAUAAAAGAGGAAGAGACUGAAGUUCCGAUUUCCACCAGAGAGAGACAUGACUGUCCUGGAUCCUCUGGGGAGCCUCAACAACAUCCUGAUGCUGAUGAGGCAGAGAAGAGUCUCUCCAGAUCAGAACACCAGAUGGUACAGCUUGGUCUGGUCUAGCAUACAGCUUACUCUCAGGGUCUGGUCUGGGCUUCUGUAAAGCACUUUAUGACAACAGUGACAUCAACAUCCAUCAUGAUAUGUCUGU